GGCUCCGCCCUGUUGCUGUCGCCGGCGCGGGCCGCGGUUAUGCUGCGGACGCGCGAUCCCGGCCUGGGCGCCCAGCUGCUCCGGGCUGCGCUGGGCCUCGGGAGAGCCGGGCGGCUCGGGCACGCGGGCCGGGUGGCGAGUGGAGGCCGCGAGCGGGCCUGGUUGCGGCCCGCGGGCCAGGACACGGGCGUGCAGGUGUACAACAGCCUCACCAAGAGGAAGGAGCCCCUGAUCGUGGCAUGCGCUGGAGCCGCCUCCUGGUAUAGCUGUGGACCAACUGUGUAUGAUCAUGCACACCUGGGCCAUGCUUGCUCAUAUGUGAGAUUUGAUAUAAUUCGAAGGAUCCUAACCAAGGUUUUUGGAUGCAACAUAGUCAUGGUGAUGGGUAUUACAGAUGUGGAUGACAAAAUAAUCCAACGGGCCAAUGAGAUGAACAUAUCACCUGCUUCUCUCGCCAGUCAUUAUGAGGAAGAUUUUAAGCAAGACAUGGCAGCCUUGAAGGUGCUGCCGCCCACGGUGUAUCUGAGGGUAACUGAAAAUAUUCCUCAGAUAAUCUCUUUCAUUGAAGGAAUAAUUGCUCGUGGGUACGCCUACUCAACAGCAAAAGGCAAUGUCUACUUCGAUCUGAAGUCUAGAGGAGACGAGUAUGGCAAACUAGUGGGCGUGGCCCCGGGUCCAGUCGGAGAACCAGCAGGUGAUUCUGACAAGCGUCAUGCCAGUGAUUUCGCACUGUGGAAGGCAGCCAAACCCAAGGAGGUUUUCUGGGCCUCUCCGUGGGGGCCUGGGAGACCUGGCUGGCACAUCGAGUGCUCCGCCAUGGCAAGUAUGGUGUUUGGAAGUCAACUGGAUAUCCACUCAGGUGGGAUAGAUUUAGCUUUUCCACAUCAUGAAAAUGAAAUUGCACAGAGUGAGGUCUUUCAUCAGUGCAAGCAAUGGGGAAAUUAUUUUCUGCAUUCUGGGCAUUUGCACGUGAAAGGCAAAGAAGAAAAAAUGUCCAAAUCGUUAAAAAACUACAUUACUAUUAAGGACUUUCUGAAGACGUUUUCCCCCGAUGUCUUCCGGCUCUUCUGCAUGCAGAGCAGCUACAGGUCAGCCAUCGACUACAGCGACAGCGCCGUGCUCCAGGCCCAGCACCUGCUCCUGCGGCUGUGCUCCUUCCUCGAGGACGCGCGCGCCUACAUGAAAGGGCAGCUGGCCUGUGGCUCCGUCCAGGAAGACCAGCUGUGGGAGAGACUCUCCAGCACCAAGGGGACCGUGCAGGCCGCGCUGGCAGAUGACUUUGACAUGCCCAGGGCAGUGGACGCCAUCCUGGGCCUGGUGCACCAGGGGAACGGACAGCUCAGGGUGGCUCAGGAACUUCCGGGUCCCAGAAGCCCUGCGGUGUUCGGCGCCAUCGUCUCCUACAUCGAACAGUUUUUUGAGACCGUUGGAAUUUCUCUGGCAAAUGGACAGAAAGAGGCCAGCGCUCGGGGCCUCCGCCCAGAACCCUGCCAGGGAGGCAGACGCGCCCGUGCAGACUCCGGCAGCGUGGCCAUGCCUGGCUCAGUGUGUUCCAGGAGACAGCAGCACGGCCACCCUGCACGCCGUGGUGGAGGAGCUGGUGCGCUUCCGGCAGAAGGUCCGGCAGUUCGCGCUGACCACGCCAGAGGCUGGGGAGGCCCGACAGCGGCAGCUUCUGGAGAGGCGGCCCCUGCUGGAGGCCUGCGACACCCUGCGCCGGGACCUCACCGCCCACGGCGUCAACAUUAAGGACAGAGGCAGUGCAGCCUCCACGUGGGAGCUGCUGGGUCAGAGGACAAAAGGCCCCAAACCAGAGAGCUGAUGGAGUGAAGCCAGGACCACCCGCUCACGUCGCGGCCUGUGCUUCCUUACGGUGCAAACUUUAUAUUAAAGUUUCUAUUGUGGCUGAUCAGUCAACAUUAAAACAGAGCAAACCAA